AUGAAUACAUCUAAAAAUAAAGCAACUCGUCAAUUAAAUAUUGAUGACGAUCAAAAUACAAUGGCUGAUUUUGUUACUGAGUUUACUACACGUGAAUUUGUUGAAUUAGGCUAUCGAGGUAUUGGUCAUACUAUAUCUCGAAAAGAUUUUCAAGAACGUAAACAUCGUGCUGAACUUAUUCUCCAGUCUCGUCGACAAGGUCCAAUACCAAUAAUAAGUGAUUCAUUAACUGUUAUGGAACCAUUUGCUAAAGCACUUGCUUCACGUGAAGAAGCUAAUCGAACAACACGUUUGUUAACAAUCAUAUUUAUACGUGAUCGAAAUAAUAUUGGUCAUGAAAUAUCAGCAUAUAUUGAUUAUGCAUAUCGAUUAAAAUUUGAAGAUUUUACACAAUUUUUUAUUGGACAAAAUAAACUUGUACCAUCAACAACAGAUUUAAGCUUUUAUAAUUGGGAUACACAUAUGUGUACAUCAAAUGAUACGAAUAAUUUUCAUUUAUUACCUGAUGUUAAUGGAAUACGAUUUCGAUGUGAACAUGAUAGAAAAAUUGUUUAUGUUGAUCCAGAAUCAAAGCAUUAUGGAGAUGGAACAACACGAACAAAUUAUCGUUUACAGCUGAUUCGUGAAAUCUUAAUAACUUAG